AUGUCACGUCUCAGAGAAGCAAAGGAUUUUCAAGUCUACAAUGGCCACUGUACCCUCACUAGUUUUCACUAUCAAACAUGUGGUCCUCAGAUCUUUACUAUCCCACUUUCUCACUGUAGGAUCUGUAGGGGAUAUGGAAGCCAAAGAGUUAGGGGAAACAUCACCAGACGCUGCCUGCUUGCCAGAUCAAGCCACCCUUCUCUUCCUUUUAGAUCCAGGUACGUAGAUGAUCCUCAUACUGUAAGAUAGCAAUGGUGGGAACUUGUGGCCUUCUAGAGCUUAUGUACUCACAACUCUCUUCAGCCCCAGCCAGCAUAACCAAUGAUAAGGGAUGAUGGGAGCUGGAGUCCAAAAACAAGUGGGAAACCACAAAGUAUUUCCCAUUCCACCUAUAAAAGGUCCUGGAAGUCCACUUGCUUCUCACAGAACUGCUAUUAUCACCACGUCUUUGUAAGAAAAAGCCAAUCAAGAAGAUCUUUUUGAAAUGCGAACAAAUCAAACUUCUGUUGUGAUUUAUGGAAGGGUUUGGAAAUGGGAUGCAGGUGGCACUGUGGGUUAAACCACUGAGCCUUGGGCUUGCCAAUCAAAAGGACCAUGGUUCAAAUCCCCACAACAGGGUGAGCUCCCGUUGCUCGGUCCCUGCUCCUGCCAACCUAGCAGUUCGAAAGCACGUCAAAGUGCAAGUAGAUAAAUAGGUACCGCUCCGGCGGGAAGGUAAACGGCAUUUCCGUGCGCUCCUCUGGUUCACCAGAAGCGGCUUAGUCAUACUGGCCACAUGCCUCAGAAAAACUGUCUGCUGAAGCGGACAAAUGCCGGCUUCCUCAGCCUGUAAAACGAGAUGAGCGCCGCAACCCCAGAGUUGUUCACAACUGGACUUACGGUAAUUGUCCGGGGUCCCUUUACCUUUUGGAAAUGUUAGUGCUGCUGAGUGCUGAAAUGGAACAUUUCAUGGAUCUUGAAAGUUCAUGAAUAUCCUUCUGCUUAAAAGAAAAAAACCUGUUGACUUUGAACUCAGAAUCAUUGUGAUUGCUGCAACUUUGCUUUGGGUACAGAACCCCAUUCUGGGGCUGAUGGGAGUUGUAGUACAGAGCAUGUGGAGGGCACCAGGUUGUGGGAAGGCUGACAUGAUGACCCAUUAAAGCACCUUAGAAAGAUUGACAGUUUUGAAAGGGGAGUCAUCCAACACCUUACCCAUCAUUUUUUGAUAAAUGUUUGACCUGCAUGAUUCCCAUGCAACAAUUCAAAUCUUUUUCUCUGCAUUUGCUUCAGUUCUGCUUGCUAGUGAACCAAAAAUGCCCUGGUCAAUCUCAUGUCUAGUCUAAAUCCGCAGGGCUGGGGUAGAGAAAAUGUGCCUCCCCCAUGCUGCUUGAAUGUUGGGACUUGCCCAUCAUUUCUGACCAUUGGCUAUGCUGCCUGGAGCUGAUGGGCGCUUGAGUCCAACUGGUAUCCCCACCCCUGCCCUAGGAAACAAAAUGGUAAAUAAAGCUAGAUAAAAGGCCCUCUGAACUUGAGUUAUUCAGGUGCUGGGUGAGGUAGGUCCAUGGUAGAUUAAGAACUGAUGGCUCCAUAAAAAAGGCAAAUAGUAGCAUUAUUUUUAUACAGAUAAGUUGUGUGGUUUCCAAAGCUUGUUUGCGCACGUGUGAUGUCAGGCAAGUCUUCCUGAACCCUCAAGUUCCUCUGAACUUUCUUAUCUGUUUGCUUUUUCCUUAUGCAUAAGGAACUAGCGUUGAGAGGAGGCAUAUGCAUCAGAGACUGUGCUUGCUAUCACUUCAUCUCUUGCAAACAAGUCACUCAACAGGCUGUCAUCAGCCCUUCUUUCUUUCCGCUGAGGGUGUGCAGGGUGAGGAGAGAAGGAACCAGCCAGCAUUCUUGAGGGGGCUCUUUAAGGAAGGUGCCUUCGGUGGUGAUGACGCAACCUCAAGCUAUCCAGGAAAGCCAAGGGAGGUGUGAUGGUGACUUCCAAAGAGUGACACGUUCGGGCCCAAACAAGUCAAAUUGCUGGAAAUGCGGCAGACGGGAAGGACUUCACACACCCAAUGCUUGCAUUUUGUCCCCAGGCCAGCUGUUUAGGAUGGGAAAGGCUGUUUACAAGUGACAAGGAUGCAAUUUAUUACUCUUCCCCUGCUGUCUCUUUCGGUAAGGAUCCAUUUCCCAGAUCAACAAAUUCCUUAAUAAAGAGGGCUUGCAAUUAAUCUGUACUGCUGAUACAUUCAUCUCCAUUGCCCUCCUGAACAGGUAGAUGGUGAGCAAACAGGGGAGAGAAUAUUCCACAAUGGCUAUUUCCACAGGGACAGCAAUGCCUCAUCUGAACCCCUUUUUAGAGGUUCCUCAUGCCAGGUCCAUCUAGCCUAGCACUGACCAGUGCUCUCCAGGGUCUCAAGCAAAGGUCUUUCCCAUCACAUGAUCUUUUUUUUUUUACUAGAAAUGCCAAUACUCUCUGCAUACAGAGCAUGGGCUGAAGCUCUUGCUGGAGGUUAUGGAGCUUGCAAGAGCAUCUCCGACUUCCCAUCCAUAGAGGAGAAGUGAGAGUCACUAUCACACAUAGCUAGAGAAUAUUUUUUGUAUGGAGCUUAAGUUUGAGGGCUCUGGAUUGGGACAGGUUUUCUCCAUUGUGUACUUUCAUCACUGCCUGAGAUUGGAACAUUUUAGGAGAAAGUGGCUCUCUAGAAUAACUUACCAUGUUUUUCUUUCCAUGAAGAUGCGCUUAUCAAUGUGAAAUCAUGAAUGCUUCAUCUACCUAAGCCAGUCUUCCACAAUCUGGUGCUACUGUUUGCAUUAUCCCUGACCACUGGCCAUGUUGGUUGGGUCUGAUGGGGGUUAUAGUCCAAAGGAGGCAUCAAAUUGGGGAAGGUUGGUCUAACUCAUGGGUAGGCAAACUAAGGCCCAGGGGCUGGAUCCGGCCCAAUCGUCUUCUCAAUCCGGCCCACGGACUGUCCGGGAAUCAGUGUGUUUUUACAUGUGUAGAAUGUGUCCUUUUAUUUAAAAUGCAUCUCUGGGUUAUUUGUGGGGCCUGCCUGGUGUUUUUACAUGAGCAGAAUGUGUGCUUUUACAGUAUUUAAAAUGUAUCUCUGGGUUAUUUGUGGGGCACAGGAAUCCAUUCAUUUUUAUUUUUAUUUUCCAAAAUAUAGUCCGGCCCCCCACAAGGUUUGAGGGACAGUGGACCGGCCCCCUGCUGAAAAAGUUUGCUGACCCCUGGUCUAACUCUAAGCAGUAGUAUAUACAUUUUUCUGCAUUCCCCAUAAUAUACUCUCAUCCUCCCCACAGCAAUAUCAGGAAAGAUGCCCACAAGCAGGAAGUACAUAUCAGGUUUCCCGUCAUCUCACUGAAUGGGGUGGAAAGAUCUAUUACUAAUGAAUCAGUGCAUCACUGCAAUGUGGAAGGUGAGUGUGAUGCAAAUACCUCUCAGCUGCACUGUUUUGACUGGGAAGCUCACUUUUUAUUUUACUGCACCAUCACUCUAGAUAGUGUUCCUGAGUGUUUUCAGCAGCCAGCCACAUGAAUGGAUGCAUCCUUACCAGUACUUUAAGAAACAGUGUUUAAAAAAGCAGUGUGUUGGCAGCACUGUGUCUGCUGGUAUAAAUUACUGACUGAGUUACCGUAUUUUUUGCCCCAUAGGGCGCACCGGCCUAGUUUUUUUGGGGGGGAAAUAAAGAAAAAAAAAUUAUUUCCCCCCCAGGUGCGGGGCUGGGGUGGGGGAACCCCGAGCUUUCCCCGACCCCAGCCCCCAGAACAGGCUGCUAUCCGCAAGCCUAGGGAGCCCGGCGGGAAGUCGCGCCAGUCUCCCAAGGGUUACGCAGAGCUUCCUGAAGCCUGGAGAGUGAGAGGGGUCGGUGCGCACUGACCCCUCUCGCUCUACAGGCUUCAGCGAAAGCCUGCAUUCGCCCCAUAAGACGCACACACAUUUCCCCUUCAUUUUUGGAGGGGGAAAAAGUGCGUCCUAUAGGGCAAAAAAUACGAUAAUACUCUGUUUGCUGGAAGGGAGAGCUUAGCAAAUAGUCAGAUUUUGGUGUUGUCUGCAGAUCUUAGUGUGCAAGGAAUUCAAGAAAAUACUGGCUGGGUGAUAACUAUUAGUGAGCUGAGAAAAGAACAGGGCAAGAACAGGAAACAAUAUGUUUGGGGACACUAGCAUCUGUUAAGGGGGCAAGAACAAGACAACACUGUAGGAAUUCAUCUUCAGAAAAGAAAAUGUUGGGGAUUUUGGUUUUUUGUAUUUAAACAAAAGCAUCCAAACAGUGGCACCAGUUAAAAUGGCAAUAACCAGGGGUUAAAGAAAAAAUGGUUGUGGCUCUUAACUACAGUAUGUUCUUUGAUGGUCUUGUGUUCCACAUUAUCUAACUACUCUUCCUUUCAUGGCACAACAAUGAGAAAUAUGCUGUAUGAGGAUGUGGAUGGAGGGAGGGGGUGGGCUAGCUGUUUGUCCAUGUGGGAAUUUCUCUGUAGCCACAACAUGUGGUUCCUGUGCUACACUUUAACCACCCUGCUGGGAGCAUAGGAACCUUAUACUGAGCCAGACCCAUGGGCCACACUUUUAUAAAUGCAGGUGGCAACCAUUUUAGGCGUGUCCAGUUGAUGUGUGAUCACUGAUGUGCAGGCCUCCUGGACCCAGAAGAGGGUUAGAACAGGGGUGGAAUGGAGGUGGGUGGAAUGGACAGCGGGGGGCACUGGUGCGUGCUCUGCCAACAUGUGUGGGGGAUGGGAAUGGAGCCCCCACAUGAAAUGGCCAUCACCUGUAAAUACAGUGGUCCCUCGGGUUAAGAACUUAAUUCGUUCUGGAGGUCCGUUUUUAACCUGAAACUGUUCUUAACCUGAGGUACCACUUUAGCUAAUGGGGCCUCCCGCUGCUGCCACGCCACCGCCGCGCAAUUUCUGUUCUCAUCCUGAAGCAAAGUUCUUAACCCAAAGUACUAUUUCUGGGUUAGCGGAGUCUGUAACCUGAAGCGUAUGUAUGUAAAGGGACCCCUGACCAUUAGGUCCAGUCAUGACUGACUCUGGGGUUGCAGCGCUCAUCUCACUUUAUUGGCCGAGGGAACGGGUGUACAGCUUCCGGGUCAUGUGACCAGCAUGACUAAGCCACUUCUGGGAAACCAGAGCAGCGCACGGAAACAUCGUUUACCUUUCCACCAGAGUGGUGCCGAUUUAUCUACUUGCAAUUUGACAUGCUUUCGAACUGCUAGGUUGGCAGGAGCAGGGACCGAGCAACGGGAGCUCACCCCAUCAUGGGGUUUCGAACCGCCAACCUUCUGAUUGGCAAGCUGGAGCUAAGAUCAGCCAUAGGCCUGAUCCAGUUGGCUCUUCUUAUGUUCCCAGCCCUACCUGCAGGUACCAGGGAUUGCACCUGAGGCCUUCUGCAUGCAAAACACAUGCUCUACCACUGAGGUACCACCCCUUCUCUGUGCACACACACAAAUGCAGUGUUCUGGCACGAAAUCUUACAAGUGCAAAACAGAUUUGCCUCCACUGAAGAGUCUAAUCAGGAUGGGUGCCAAGAGAAGCCAUGCCCCCCCUUCCCCAAGCCAGAUUGACUUUAUAGGCAAAGCAGCAGCCUCCAUCUUCAGAAGUGGGGGGGGGGGAGAGAAUGAUGAUGAUGAUCUGCAGCUGGAGAAGUCUGGCUCAAACUUAAACUCCCCUUCCCCUCUAGUCCCCCCUUCUGGGCAGACAAGAGGGAAAUUCCUUCAGCAGACCUAUCAUGGAAGUUUCCUUUCUCCCUUUAAUUCAUCACAGGAGGCAAGGCAGUUCCUCACCCUUGCCAUAAAUCUCGUGGAGACGUUUGCUCUGUUAACAGCACAGCCCUUGGCUCCUCGCUCAGCUCUAUCUCCCUCUCCCUCUUGCUAGUCCCUUCCAGAGAAGGCAGAGACAGGCUGGGAAACCUUCAUACACGUCACCAGAGGUGCAGCUCCCCAGAUCUGGCGGCCUGACCUCACUCCACAAAGCAGACAAAUGGUGAAACAAAACAAGGAUGCUAAACACAAAAAAUUAUAUUGCUGCUACUGUAUCGAAAGCAUAGUGGAUUUGAUCACUGUCCUAGAAGGAUUAUCCAAAAAAGAACAGGACUGAUCAUUUUCUAGAAGAGGCCAGGGAGGGCAGGAUACAAAUAAAUUAUUAUUAUUAUUAUUAUUAUUAUUAUUAUUAUUAUUAUUUAGCAACAUGUCGAAAGUCUAGGCCAGGGUCAGGGUAAAAGAGUAUUCGGAAAUGAUCCAUAAUGAAUUUUAAAUUGUAAAACAGAAAAUUUAAAGGGGGAGGGUCUAAGCCAGGGCCCAUGGGCUGCAUGUGGACUGUGGCCCCCCACAUCCAGCCUGCACCCCUCGUUCCCGUCUCACCUCUCUGCAUUCUAGGUAGUCUAGCCAUCAGGCAACUUGAAAUGUGCCAUUAAGAGUGGCAAAGUGGGAGGCAGCCAGAUCAGAUCUUUAGUUCACAAUUCACUGGGGGGGGGGGUUCUAUGUUUUUCAUCAAAAUUUUGUUCCACAGUUUGUCUAAGGAGUUCAGUAUGGAAUAAAAGGUCUUCCUCUUUAUCUUCCUUACAACAACCCUGUGAAUCAUGCUAGGUUGAGAGGUGGUGACAAGCCAAAUAUCACCCAAUGUGCUUUGUGGCUGUGUAGUUGAUGCAAGCAAAUGAACCCAGGUCUCAUCAGGGGACAAACUACAUGUCACAUUAGCAUUCUGUGAUUUGUUGUUGUUGUUGUUGUUGUUUACUUGUUUAGUCGUGUCCAACUCUUCGUGACCCCAUGGACCAGAGCACACCAGGCACUCCUGUCUUCCACUGCCUCCCGCAGUUUGGUCAGACUCAUGCUGGUAGCUUCAAGAACACUGUCCAACCAUCUCAUCCUCUGUCUUCCCCUUCUCCUUGUGCCCUCCAUCUUUCCCAACAUCAGGGUCUUUUACAAGGAGUCUUCUCUUCUCAUGAGGUGGCCAAAGUAUUGAAGCCUCAGCUUCAGGAUCUGUCCUUCCAGUAAGCACUCAGGGCUGAUUUCCUUAAGAAUGGAUAGGUUUGAUCUUCUUGCAGUCCAUGGGACUCUCCAGAGUCUCCUCCAGCACCAUAAUUCAAAAGCAUCAAUUCUUCGGUGACCAGCCUUACUUAUGGUCCAGCUCUCACUUCCCAAAAUAAAUUUCUUCUUCAAAAAGCAACUGAGAGGGUGUGUGUAUGUGUGUGGCUGAUUUGGAUUUGGGCUGCAGCAUGGAGGAGAGGGGUUAACCCUUGGACCCAUGACCAGUUUAACACACACCCCAGUUUAACACACACCCAAAUCUGCUAUUGGCCACAGAGCUGAUAGCAUAUGGACAUAGUAUGAUUAAUAGAAACUUGGUAGGAGGCAACUUGGGUCAGGACCAUGGCAUGAGGAGGAAGCCUUAUAACUUCUGUCCCUUUGAAGCAUGGUCUUCCAAGCAUGGAAUCCAAGCUUUGCAGACCCUCCAAGUGUCCCUAUUUUCCAGGGACAGUUCCAGAUUUACAGAAACUGUCUCGGUUUCUGAUUUGAUCCGGGAAUGUUCCGCUUUUCCUUUGUUGUUGUUGUUUAGUCUUGUCUGACUCUUCGUGACCCCAUGGACCAGAGCACGCCAGGCACUCCUGUCUUCCACUGCCUCCCGCAGUUUGGUCAAACUCAUGCUAGUAGCUUCGAGAACACUAUCCAACCAUCUUGUCCUCUGUCGUCCCCUUCUCCUUGGGCCCUCCAUCUUUCCCAACAUCAAGGUCUUUUCCAGGGAGUCUUCUCUUCUCAUGAGGUGGCCAAAGUAUUGAAGUCUCAACUUCACAAUCUGUCCUUCCAGUGAGCACUCAGGGCUGAUUUCCUUAAGAAUGGAUACAUUUGAUCUUCUUGCAGUCCAUGGGUCUCUCAAGAGUCUCCUCCAGCACCAUAAUUCAAAAGCAUCAAUUGUUCGGCGUUCAGCCUUCUUUAUGGUCCAGCUCUCACUUCCAUACAUCACUACUGGGAAAACCAUAGCUUUAACUAUACAGACCUUUGUUGGCAAGAUGAUGGCUCUGCUUUUUAAGAUGCUGUCUAGGUUUGUCCUGCUUUUCCUUAGGAUGUCCCUAAUUUCAUUGGAGAAAUGUUAUGCCUCCAUGCCUAGUUUUUUUAAGGAAGAAAAAUUCAACUUGCUCUUUGGCUGAAACACUCCAACCACUACACCAGAUGGCAUCUCUUUGGGUGUAAUGCUCUUGUCACAGCUCUCACUGCUGUCAGUGGGAGAACUGCAGGAUGCUUUCUUAGUAGACUGUAUGGGAGCGAAUAUCAUUAGGAUUUCCCCCUAUGGUCAUCACUAGCAUGUUUUGCUCUGGCCAUGAGAAUUGACUAUGGUCUCAGUAAGAUAGAUUGGGAAUUACUGUCCUCUGAAUUUAGACAAUGGGGAAAGGGAAGAAAUGGAAGUGGCAUAUUUAAAUAGGGCAAAAUAAAACAUUUCCCCAUCCAAAGGCAUACUUAACUGUGGAAAUUACAGGUUCAAGAAAUGCCCAAGGCUGCAAAAUGGGGUGAGAUAUCCUAAGCCCAUUAGAACUGACCUUUGAAAAUGGCUCAGCACGCAUUUAUGUUUGGAAGCAUUUGAGUACAUGGAUGUUAGGUAAUGUGAUGAGAUCAAUGAAAACAAGGCAGCCCAUGCCAGCAGGCUUACAGUCUAAAAGUCAUCAGAACAAAGGGAAGCGGGGACAAGGAAAGAAGAAGAAAACAAGCAAACUCAGUUCUUAAAGAUGUAAUGACCAGCCAGAAUGAAAACAGUGCAGAGAGAGCAGGAGCCCAGGGGAGAUGGCCUCUUAGCAGAAACAAUGAAACAAUCCCAUUUCUCCUCUCUCCUCUUUCUUCCUUCCAAUAAAAAAGGGAGGGUGCAUCAUUGAAAAGGACAAAAUAGGAUAGGGACUUACAAAAAUUUGCAUGGGCUAUUUUGUAAGUUCUCAGUAUAGUGGUUAAGAGUCUUGGACUAAUACCUGGGAGACCAGUGUUCAAAUCCCCAAUAGGCCAUGAAACUCAGUGGGUGACCUUGGGCCAGUCACAAGUCUCUCAUCCUAACCUACCUCGCAGGCUUGUUGUAAGGAUAAAAAGGGAGGGAAAAGAACCAUUGAGCUUCUUGGAAGAAAGGUAAAUGUAAUGAAUAAAAUAAAAAAAAUAAAACUGUGGUGUGCUUGUCGGACCAAUACAUUCAUACCUGGGGAUUGUAUUUCUCUUAGUGAACUGUGGGGAUGAGAGUGAUUUUUUGUGUGUGUGCAAUGCCUAUAUAUAUUAUGCAAUAGUAGUAGUAGUAAUAAUAAUAAUAAUAAUAAUAAUAAUAAUAAUAAUAAUGCCUUCAACCCAAAGGGCCCAUGUGCUCUUCAGUGUGGUAUUCAGCACGAAGCCUGCCUUAUUCCUUUUCAGGAGGAUAUUCUCAAUGUUUAUUCUGUUUAUACUCCUGAAUUUUUACCGUAUUUUUUGCACCAUAACACUCACCUUUUUCCUCCUAGAAAGUAAGGGGAAAUGUCUGUGCGUGUUAUGGAGGGAAUGCCUACGGGUGGCAUGCCUACGGAUUUUCCUCCUCUAAAAACUACGUGCGUGUUAUGGUCGGGUGUGUGUUAUAGAGCGAAAAAUACGGUAUACUCCUGAAUAUUCUUCAAUGUUUUCAACAUUGAAAUAAAUAGGGUGGCCCUUGUGGGCAGUGAAAUGCUAUCAAAACCUAUGAUUUACAUUAUUCGCUUUCUGGACUUAGGAUAGAAAUGAAGGAAAAAGUUGAAUACGUAUCAGACUGAACCAGCAACUAGUAUCUAAAUGUGGAUGACAUCAACAAUACCUUUAAUCUCUGCCCUUAUCCGUGCUCUUUUGCAGACACAGCAGGUCUGAGGCAAGAGAGAAGCAAGCAAGAAGAUUUAAGAUUUCCACAUUUAAACAUUCAGUGCCGUUGCCUUUAA